GUUGAGUUCCUUGACUGCUUCAGUUUCUCAUUCCUGGCAUGAGUUUGGAAAUGACUUUUAAUGGCAAGAUGACUCCUGUGAACGAGCAGCCUGAUGAGAAGUCAUAUCACAAGAAGGCUAAAGGUUUGCAUUUUCUCUCCUCCCCAUGGUGGUGCCCUGCUGCGAUGACUCUGGUCAUCCUUUGCCUAGGGUUAUCAGUGACCCUUAUUAUACAACGGAUGCAAUGUCCGUGUCCACAAGACUGGUUAUGGCAUAAAGAAAACUGUUAUCUGUUCUCUUCUGAGCAGUCUUAUUGGGCAAAGAGCCAAGAAAUCUGCCUGUCUUUGGAUGCUCAGUUGCUACAAAUUAAUAGCAUAGAUGAUCUGAACUUCAUCUCACAAACCACUUCCCAUUCCACCUCCCCAUUCUGGAUGGGACUGCGUCGGAAGAAACAAAAUGACCCAUGGUUGUGGGAGAAUGGUUCUCCUUUGCGUCCUCACUUAUUUACGAUCAGGGGUAUUCCUCCCCAGACGCAUCCAUCAGGCACCUGUGUGUACAUUCAAGAGGGGGUUGUUUUUGCUGACAACUGCAUUUUAACUGCAUUCAGCCUAUGUCAGAAGCGGGCAAAGCUAUUGUUAAUGCAGUGAAUUUAAAGAUUCUGGAAGAACAGGA